AUGAACCAAGAUUUAUUUGAUAAUCCAUUUGGAAUUGCUCCACCCUCUGAUGAUUCUUAUACAGCGCUCUCAAAGUUUACAAAUGAAUUCGCAGAGGCGAUUCCCCAAGAUCGAUUUGAUUCAUUCAGAAGUAAACUGGCGAGCCUUCAUAAAGCAGUUACUUCUAAACUAGAAGGAGGAGAGACAUUUUCACAAGAUAAUAUGUCUGAAAUUCGAAAAAUGUUUCAAUUGUCUGAUGAAAAGUCAAAUGAAAGGAUUAAUAGUCUCAGAGAAGACAUGAUCCAAGAGUCAGAUACAAAGUUUGGCAUCCUAGAAGGGCAGCUUGUGGUGUUAGAAAACAGUUUUCGAGUCAAUACGGCACAGAGAUCUGAAAACAUUAUACACAGAGUUAUGGCUAAUGAUACGAAGCCAAUUCCGUUUGUCAAUGGGCAAGAACGUCCUGCUAGGCUGCCUCAAUUUAAAGCUAUUUCUGACAUUGAUAGUUUGAAUCCAGCCAUUUGA